UACACAAUAGCAGUAACAGGAUCCAAUCAACUGCCCGUUUUUUCGUCUCUGAUUCACGCUGCUAAAGAGCACAAGGUGAGAGUUUUCUAUCCAAGGCUGGCUUUUCUGCACACCUCGCUUUUGCUGAUGUUCCAAACCAGUGUACAGAAUCACUCAAAAGGAGUGACCUUUCCAAGUCCUCUUGCCUUCAGUGGAACUGAGAUGAUGGGAAGCCCCGGGAAUAAUUGCUCUGAACCUGGGAUAGGUUUCCAACACACCUUUUAUGCUGUCACGUACUCCAUCAUUUUCAUCCCGGGCCUCCUAACCAACAGUAUCGCUCUGUGGAUGUUGUGGAUCUUCACCCGGAAGCAAAACAAGACCAUUGUCUUCCUGCUGAAUCUGGCCACCGCUGACUUCAUUCAUGUCCUCUCCCUACCUCUGAGGAUUUAUUAUUACAUCAACUACAAGUGGCCCUUUGGGUUCUUCCUUUGUCAGCUUUGCUUCUACCUGAAGUAUCUGAACAUGUACGCCAGCAUUUGCUUCCUCACCUGCAUCAGCAUGCAAAGGUACCUUUUCCUGCUCCACCCAUUCAAGGCCAAAGACUGGAAAAAGGGCUAUGAUGUCGCCAUCUCCGCUACCAUCUGGCUGGUGGUCGGCGUAGUUUGUCUGACAUUCCCGUUGCUGAGAAAGUCCCAUGAUUCCGAGGCUUGCUUCUCCGAUCUCAACAUUGAAAAAUUCCAGAGCCAGGCGGCUUUGAUCGGAAUGCUGACGGUGGCUGAACUGGUUGGGUUUUUGUUGCCUCUUGGUGUCAUUGUCUAUUGCACUUGCAAGACGAGAGCCUCCCUUCAGGAAAACCAAAUGCCUUUGCAAAACGCAAGUGAAAAGCAGAAGGCCUUACGGAUGGUGGCCAUGUGUGCUGUUGUGUUUUUUGUGUGUUUUGCUCCCUACCACAUCAUGUUUUUCUUCUUUAUGUUGGUAAAAGAAGAAGUGGUGAGGGGCUGUGCUGCAAAGCAGAGUAUCUUGUAUCUUCACCCCGUUUUUUUAAGCCUUGCAAGCUUCAACUGUUGCUUGGAUCCAUUCCUGUAUUUUUUUGUGACAUCAGAGUUCCGUGAUCGGAUAACAACAUACAGCAGCUUGUCCUUCAGAAGCCGUUUGAUAAGCAAGGAAAGUGUUGCUUCUGUGAAGGAAUAAAUUAGCUGGACUUCAAGUUGGGCAAAGGAUUGGAGGGUCUACAGAAGCUGCCUUAGGCUCCUAUAGUUCAGAGCUGCCUGCUCUUAUGCCUCCUGAUGUCUAGUAUCAUAACAGCGGGCUCAUAUACUGUGCUAAAGAAAAGUUUGUUUUGUUCUGGUUGGUUGAUUAAACAAUAGGUGGCUGGGUUCAUACAACAUGAUAAAUCAAUGAUUCCUAAUCUGUGUUCCUUGAGGUGAACCUUGAGAGUAUUGCAAAUGGUCCUAGUGCAAGUGCCCUAAAUUAACAUAAAUCUAUUCAGAUGAUAAACCUCUCAUUAUAUUGCUAAAUCUCAUAAGAUUUAGGGGUUCUAACUUGAAAUCUUGCAAGAUACUGGCAUUCUCGCUUGAAAUCUCUGGCUGCUGUUUUACAAAUCGUGCAAGAUUGCAGGCAGCAACGUCCACAUCUUGUAGGACGUGAUGAUCUCCUGAGAUUGCAACUAUUUAAUUUGGGGGUCUCAUGGAUGUCAUCUCACGGGAAGUUACAUGAGCCGAAGCAGUCGUAGAUGCUACAUUGCUGGCCGUUAGCUAAUGUGGUGGUCUUCAAAAGCUUUCGGUGGCAAUCUAGUAGUCUGUAUGAAGGAAAAAAGUUGGGAUCUGCAGCACCAUGUUUUACAAAUCACAAGGAUGGGAUUCACAUAGUUAAGCCAUAACUUGAUCUAUUUUGUUUUCAUUUUUGCUAUGAACUCAGUCUGACACUCAUCAUUCCCAACCAGCCAUCCCACACUGGGUGGGGAUGAUCAAAUGUUAAGCCACACAAACUAAAAACAACUCUUCAGAGACAUGAGUUUCCUUUUCCCAGACCUGUCUGAGAAGGGCAAUGGCUGAACUGGCUUUACUUUGCUUUAUCACAUCCUUUGCAGGCACCAACACCUGUUGCUGGUCCCACUAAUGUGCAAUGGGAAAUUACUUUGGGGAUGCAAUUUCUGACUGAUGUCCAGCUAGAAUCAAAGGUAUAACAUGCAUUAAGCCUUCACAUAGAUUGAGCAUACUGAAAACUUGCAAAAGAGAAUGGGAAUAAAUUGGAAUAAAUUCCACAGGUAUAAACAGGAGUUCUUCUCUGGGCUUCUCUUGAUCUGCAACCUUCAGCUUAUUGGUCAUAUGAAUUAAUUGCAUUUUUUGUCCUAUUAAAAUGUAUAAUUUCACCAGUGAAUUAAUUGAUCACAACUUUAUAAAUAUGUACAUACCCUAUAAGUAAAUAAAAUAAUUGCUCCAAAAGGGAAACGAAACAAGGGUUCUGUUUUCAGUAUGUUCAUUGCUUUUCAAGGAAGAUGACUCCUAUUCAGAUAUUUAUUUUCUGUAUUUGCAUGCUUCCUAUUCCCAAAGGCUCAUGUGGUGCAAACCUAUAUGACACUAAGUGUGCAAGGCUAUGUAUUCAAUUAGCAGUGAUACAACUGUCUUAAAGAAUCUCCCUUACUUGCAGCUACUCUUAAAGAGCAGGUGGCAGGGGUAGCUGUGGCCAGGAGGGCCUCUGCCCAGGUUCAUCUUGGGUGCCAGAUACGCCCUUUCCUUGACUGGGAGGCCCUUCAGACAGUUAUUCAUGCCCUGGUCACCUCACAAUUGAAUU